AGUGGACACGCAGAGAGAUAGGGGACGACAUGGGCCUGUUCGUGAGUUUCGAAGUCGAUGUGCAAUAACAAACGACUUCUUGAGAUGGUUGGCGUUGUCGGUUUAAUUUCAAUUUGUUCGCAGUUUUGAACCAAGAUACCUAUAAGAAAGUUUUGAACCAUCGCUACGAUUCGAUAUUUCACGGGCAAGAGCGCCUCGUUUUUCGCUGUAAACGCCGCUGCUGCCGCUCCCAGCAUGGCCGACAGUGAGGGAAACUCUCCGUACACACUGCAUCGGCCGGGAGCCUUCGGGUCGGCGCCUGGACGCUCCCCCACCGGCGCCGGACCUGGACUGGGCACGGCAGAGAAGCGAAACCGACUGAAGCUUUCGUUCACCAACUCGGGGUCCCUCCUGAAACAGACGCCCAAGCUGCCCCUGCCAGUGCCAACCACACAACUCCGAGAGAAGUAUUUUGUGCCCAAGAGCAUACAACAUGGGAUGAUGAAAAUAUCGCCCAAUCAGGUGUACCAGUUCACCGCCGAAGACCUGGAUAACCUGGGGGAGAUCGGUUGCGGAAACUUCGGCACCGUUAACAAGAUGUUCCACCGCGCCUCCGGCACCGUCAUGGCCGUCAAGCGGAUCCGCUCUACCGUUGAAGAGACAGAGCAGAAACAGCUGCUGAUGGACCUCCAGGUGGUGAUGAAAUCCAACGACUGUCCCUACAUCGUACAGUUCUACGGCGCCAUAUUCAAGGAGGGCGACUGCUGGAUAUGCAUGGAGCUGAUGGACACGUCGCUGGACAAGUUCUACAAGUUCAUCUACGAGCACGGCCACUCGCGGAUCCCGGAGAACAUCCUCGGCAAGAUCACUGUCGCGACUGUGAAGGCGCUCAACUACCUGAAGGAGCAGCUGAAGAUCAUCCACCGCGACGUGAAGCCGUCCAAUAUCCUGCUGGACAGACGCGGCAACAUCAAGCUCUGCGACUUCGGCAUCAGCGGGCAGCUGGUGGACAGCAUCGCCAAGACGAGGGAUGCCGGAUGCAGGCCCUAUAUGGCGCCGGAGCGGAUUGACCCGACCAAGACGCGAUUUUACGAUGUCCGUUCUGAUGUGUGGUCUCUCGGUAUCACGCUAUUCGAGCUGGCCACCGGACAGUUCCCGUACCCUCGCUGGAACUCUGUGUUCGAGCAGCUGACUCAGGUGGUGUCUGGUGACCCGCCCCGCCUGGCCAGCUGCGAUAACGGAAACACAUUCACGGCAGAGUUUGUCGACUUCGUCAACACAUGCCUGGAGAAGGACGAAAGCCGCCGUCCCAAGUACAACACCCUGCUCCAACACGCGUUCAUCCGCCGCUCCGAGUCAGAAACGGUCGACGUGGCUGGCUAUGUCAACAUGUACCUGGACGCGGUGGCACACAACAUGCCACCUGAAGGCGCCUCGUGCUAGAGCGGCGCCCCGGGCAUCACAGAGACGCCUUGGAGAGUGUCCGGAAUGCCGUGGGGCGCCCGAGUGUUCCAGAGGGCACUUACGUGCUCCUGAGAUCGCCGGAGCCCUCGGGAACGUCGUGGAGUGCCCAGUGAGCGUCUCAGAGUGCCCAGCGAAUGCCCCUGAGCGUUUGGACAUCUCUGAGUGCGCCAGAGUGCCACGGAGUGUCCAGGAGUCUACAGAGUGUCCUGGAGAGCCGCUCCCAGGGCGUCUCCAAAGCGCCCACCAGAGCGCUCAUCCAAGGUGCCAGUCGAGUCGGAUGACUGAUGCCGCGCUAUAGGCUGUUUCCGUAGAAGUCAUCUUAUGUCUGGGCACUCAUUGCUGAAGAAGAGGACGCAACAUGGUGUCGAAAAGGGCAAGUCCAGUGUGCGUCCGAUGCGAGAGAUACGUGUGGGAUCGCCUGCUCUGUGGAUUCGAUGUAUCCAGCGUUCCGUUAUGUUGGAAUGAAAGUGGUGGUGUUCGUUGCACUGAAGUCAUUAUGAAAGAACUCCUACGUCCCGACUAGGGAGUCUUCUGUGGCUGCGCUGAACAUCCCGUUUGCCAAUGAACCCGCCUAGUGGAGGUCCCUUGCACGGAAGAUCGGGUGAUCGGAAUAGUGCUCGUGAGUGAACUUUAUCCAAAAGUGGUCAGAGUGCUUUACGAUCCAGCGUAUGUGGACUGACUUGGUUGAAACUCCCUGAAUCGCCACGUCUUCUAGAACUAUGCGCACUAGCAUGAGACGCGACUAUGUCCAUCCGCCAUGGGCCUGUCCAGAGACUGCGGUUAUGUCCCAUGCCCUGCUUCAGUAGAGGACAGUUGAGAGAAAUGGACACCGUUAGGAAACGCAACUCCUGGUGCUCAGACGAUGUCAUCUGCGGAGGUUGCUGCGUCACACUCAUUGACCCUUUGCUGAGUGUGACGGCUGGAAACAUGGACUAAAACACCCAGGAGGUCUGAAGAUGCACCAGCUGCGCUACAGCGCUCUCUGCUGGCGAGGGACGCCCCAUUCUGCUAGGAUUGAGCCAGAGUGGACCCAGCACUGUGCGUGUCUACUGCUAGUCGAGUCGCCGUCCCAGCUAGACGCGAAUGAUUUCGGAGACUGUCGCAGGCGCGGUGCCACGUCAGGAGAGUUGUGACGAGUGAUGUGCUCCUCCGGCCCAGGACGGCCGAACCGCCGCCAGAUUAUUUGGUCCAGACUCCAGAGUGAUUGCUGCGCUGUUUAGUCCAUAGUGUUGUGCUGGAGUUUUAGGCGGUGAAGACACGGAAAGUCGUUGUCGAUGACGUGAGAAGAGGAGGGAGGAAGAAAGGAGAGAGAGAGAGAGAGAGAGAGAGAGAGAGAGAGAGAGAGAGAGA